UUGUUUAAGGUCGUAGCAAAGGGCGUAUCUGGUGUUGUAAAAUGGUUCAAUGUGAAGAACGGCUACGGAUUCAUCAAUCGAACCGACACCAACGAAGACAUAUUUGUCCAUCAAACAGCUAUUACCAACAAUAAUCCCAACAAGUUCCUUCGCAGCCUCGGAGAUGGCGAAGAGGUAAGAUUCGAUGUUGUCGAGGGUGCGAAAGGACCAGAGGCCUCCAAUGUUACUGCCAAGGAUGGUGGGCCAGUACAAGGAUCUAAGUACGCUGCUGACCGCAAUUCUGAACGCGGAGGACGUCGAUUCAGGCGCCGCAAUUUCUACCGUGGCGGCCGUCGUGGAGGACAGUCCGGAGGAGAAGGUGCAGAUGCGGAUGGCGGCAAUGAGCAUGAUGGAGACCGGCCAGAAGAGGAGAUCGUUUAG